ACCUUCAUAGCCACCUUAAAGCAAGCCAGCUGUGUUGCCAUGCAAAGCCCGGAAGGGACCUGCCCUAUUUUAUCCAAUGGCGAACGCGCAUUCCUUAUGUUGUCCUUAACUAAGAUGGCUGCGAAAUUUUCAGCGUCUCUAUCCCGUGCUGCACACCUUUGACCUCUGCCUUAAAGUUAUAGCCGACGUCUUUGCGGAACAUGCGCCCUUGGGACCCAGCUUCUUUUCCUUUAAGUAAGAUGGCAACCUUGUUCCUUACUUCCUACGACGUCUUGCCCUUAGUGGAGGCGGUAGAGCUGGCUUCUUUCGUCGCCCUGAUUCUGCGCAUGCGCCAUUAACUUUGGAACGAUACUUUCUUGCCCAAAAGGAAGAUGGCCGCAGCCUGAAGCUGCGAAAAAUCAGCUGAGGGGAAGCGACGGUUGGGGUAUUCCGCGACCUGCUUUUUUCUCCUCAUGCACCGCCGGGAUGCUCUGCUCGAGCGGCUUCUUCCGCGGCAUCGAAUGUCCCUACGGGCAGGCCUGCGGGAGGCCUUACUGCCAUUUCAGACACCCGCCCGGGGCCCAACACACCUCCGAUGGCCCUAUACCGCCUCGACGCCUUUUGGCCCUGUCUGCUCCCGACAGACGCCCCGCCACACUCGGAGGGUGUGGUUAUGACCCCUAUAACCCAGAACUUCCCAAACCUGUGGCACAAGACAGCAAUGGCAGUUUGGAAAAUAUUGUCCAGUCAGCCUCUGGAAUUCUGGAGCUUGAGUUGUUUGACAAGGCAAUUGAAGCUGCCAAGAAUGAAGUUGAACGUGAGCAAAAGAAGUAUGAAGAGCUGCUGGAGACAGCUAAAGAGUAUGGCUCAUCUGAACCUCCUUUACUUGCUUCUAAGGCUGCUGGAUUAGCAACAUCCAACUCAUUCAGUUCUCUGGAGUAUAACCCAGGUAGUUACAAUGCAAAUAGUGAUAAUGAUUACAAUCCUACCCCUCUUACAGUGGCUGCUGCUAGUCAGUCUAGCAAAUACACUUUGGACUCCUUCAACAAUACGAAAUGCAAGGGCAGCUCACUGGAAUAUAUUCCCACUGUGGUCACUCAGCCGAAGAAGUACAGCAGCCCUGUUGUAAAUAGCAAAUACAUAAUUGACAACUCCAAGCCUUCAACAGAUUUAGAAUAUGAUCCUCUUUCAAAUUAUUCCGCCAGGCUGUUGAGCAAAGCUAAAGAACAAAAGGGGACCAAGCGGAAGAGAGAAGUUGAUCACGAGGAGGCAUAUUCUCCUUCAUUCAAGAAAUAUUGUGACGAAACUAGUAAUGAUGAGCCCCUUGCCAGGUUUUCUGACUCAGAGGAUGAAUGCCAAGAAGCUUCUACCAUCCCCCUUAAAUCUAAAGGAGGUUCAGAAAGCAAAUUGGGUGCAGCCAAAGAAAAGGGAACCCCACAAAUAGAUACUAGUUCUCGACAAAUGAAAGAGACUGCCGUGCAGUAUGACAUGGGAGACAUCGAGAGCCCUCGAACAAGUGUUGUCAAAGAUUUAGUGGAAAAAAAUGCCAAGUUGGUCAAAGUGCCUUCUAACAGAGAUGCGAAAGCAAAGGAAAAGAACAAAGUGGCGUCAAAGGAUAAGCUGAAAAAGAAAAAUGACCACAAGGCACAGGGUAAGAAAAAUCUAGAUAAAAUAGGAGACAAGGAGAAGAUGGACAUGAAGGCACAGCACAAGAAUGGGGAAAGGAGUAAGGAGAAACAAAGCAAGUCCCACAUUGAUAGGCAUGGACUGAAGCUCACUAAAUCAAAAUCUGUGAUCACACUUGGAAUUAAGGAGGAGAACUCUGGCAAGAACAAAGAUGUUGGCAAAGCUGCUGCUGCUGGAAAAUCAGGGACUAGUAGAAAAAAUAGCAAGUUCCAGGCUGUAGAGUUGAAAAGGAAGCCCAAAAUCUCUAGUGAAACUGAACAUAAUAAGAGAAAAGACAAGCAACCUGCCUUGAAAAGGUCUAAGGAAACACUGACCAACUCCCAGGCCAUGGAGAAUUCAGAGGCCAAAAGCAAAGUUAAACAGCGGGCCCUGAGCCAUGUUGAUCUCUUUGGUGAUGAGAGUGGAGAGGAGGAGCAGGUGGGCCAGCCUCUUCUUCCAUUCCCUGUUGUGAAUUCAGACUCAGACAGAGAUGAUGCUGACUUAUCUUUUCCCUGUUACGAUGGAAUAGCAAAUGUUAAGAAACUUAAGUUAUCCCAGGCUCCUGCUGCUUCCUCUUCCUCUGAUGACGAGAUUGAUUAUUCUGGCCUAGAGAAGGAUUUGGAUUUUGAGUCUGACCCAAUGGAGGAGUGCCUUCGGAUUUUUAAUGAAUCCACUGAUGUCAAAACAGAAGACAAAGGCAGACUAGGAAAACAGCUAUCAAAAGAGGAAGGGGGUGAAGAAAAGUUGACAGAAGACAGUUUAACCACACUCUUUCCUGGACAAAAAAGGAGGAUUUCUCAUGUAACAAAGCAAGGACACGUUGAAGUCCCAAGCAAGCCAGUGGUCCGGCCUUACCGGCCCCCAACUGCCCAGGAGGUCUGCUACCAGAGGAUUCAGCUAGCACAAAAGCAGGCAGCGCAGCUGGCCCAGCAGCGGCCACAGCAACCCCUGCCGACCACAAAGUUGCCUGUGGCAGCUCGAAGAACUUCCAUUGUUAUGCACAAAGGAGAAAGGAAGCGAAUUGCUCAUGUGCCCAGUGCGGCUCUUUCGGCAGUUUCCAAGUUGGUUCCUGGAAAUCUUAAGAAGAUCAUUCCACCCGCAAGUGUGGCCUCUUCCAACGGUGUUGAUGCUUCAGUAUUGAAAGCUCGAACACUGGCUGGGAUGGCAUCUAAAACAACGACCACAAGUGCCACAAAAAGGAUAGCACAUACUCCCACUCUGCAGAGCACCACCUUGAAAAGGCCAGUUAUUCCCACAGAAUAUGGUGCCAAAGUUCCCACCAACAUCCGUCAGAGGUACCUCAACCUCUUCAUUGAUGAGUGCUUGAAGUUCUGCCCCUCACAGCAGGGAGCAUUUGACAAGGCUCUUGCUGAGGAGAAGGUGGUGUAUGAGCGCAGCACCAGCCGCAACAUCUACCUGAAUGUGGCAGUAAACACUUUGAAGAAGCUGAGGACUCUUUUGCCCAGCCCUUCUCAGGAGGUUCAAAAGGCCAGCAAUAGAAAAAUGGUUUCUCAUGAAGCUAUGUUAGGAGGGAAACUGGCAGCCAGGACCAGUUAUACACUUAAUCGUUCUACAAACUUACGGCUAGAAGACCUGACAGGGGCUACCUUGUACCGAAGGCUCAAAGAAUAUGUGCUGACAGAGGAUGAGUUGAAGGAGCACGGCUACCCGCUACCGUGUCCCGAGAGACCUGGCCGGGCUGUUGUCUUUGCUAUGGAAGAGAAGAAAUUGACUGAUGGUUCUUGCAGGAUUUGUUGUCGUUGUGGCACAGAAUACAUGGUAACAUCUUCUGGAAAUUGUGUCCGUAAAGAAGAAUGCAUCCAUCACUGGGGGAGAUUGCGGAAGCAAAGAGUGCCAGGUGGCUGGGAAACACAUUAUAGCUGUUGUUCAGGAGCCGUGGGUUCACUCGGAUGCCAAAUUGCAAAACAACAUGUCCAUGAUGGCCGGAAGGAAAGUCUGGAAGGUUUUGUGAAGACAUUUGAAAAGAUGCCACGUGCAGGUGGGCAUCCUGGCAUCUACGCCUUGGACUGUGAAAUGUGUUACACUAAGCAGGGUUUAGAGCUGACGCGCGUCACUGUGAUCAACUCAGACCUGAAAGUGAUCUACGAUACCUUUGUCAAACCAGACUCCAAAGUUGUGGAUUACAACACUCGGUUUUCAGGUGUGACAGAGGCAGAUCUGGAGAACGCGUCAAUAACUCUUCGGGAUGUCCAGGCGGUUCUCUUGAGUAUGUUCAGCACAGAAACUAUCCUGAUAGGCCAUAGUUUAGAAAGUGACUUGUUUGCACUAAAGCUUAUCCACUCUAUGGUGGUAGACACAGCUGUCGUCUUCCCUCACCGCCUGGGUUUGCCUUACAAGCGGGCAUUGCGUACGUUGAUGGCGGAUUACCUCAAGCGCAUCAUCCAGGAUAGCGUGGAAGGUCAUGACUCCAGUGAGGAUGCCCGAGCCUGCAUGGAGCUGAUGAUAUGGAAGAUCAAGGAAGAUGCCAAAGUGAAGCGAUGAUCCGCCUCCACGCUGCUGCUAUUCUCCUUCGCAUUUUUAUCGCAGGGCAAUAAUAAAGCCUGCAGAGACACACCCGUAGCCAGCAGCAGACCCUUCCCAGACUUUUCCCCCUCUUGGCUCACAGGCGUCCCAAGGAAUUGUGAGCAAGCAGCUCCUUCUGCUGGCAAAGUGACGGGCCGUGUCUGCAUGCCAGGCAUUGUAGUCAAGGCGAAAUACAUUGUGACCCAAGAAAGUCAGCCAUCCCUGUGGUGGGGAAGGGUUUGGAGACAGACUUAUCAUAGAAGAUCGUAAUAACUUCAAGAGGCACUAAGUUCCACUAUUCCCUCUUCCCCCGUCCUAUUUAUGGGCUUUAAAAGCUAGCGUUAAUUUACAUUUUUUAAUUUAAUUUGGGGGUCUUGCGAUUGGCCUUGGGCUACAGGAAUGGCGGAGAAGGUGGUCAUGGACCCAUGACUGUCAAGAAAGCAAGCCGAAGAGAUGAUGAAGGGAUGCAGGCUUCAGUUUAGGGAGGGAAGCUAGGAGCAGAGUUGCACAGGUGGAAGGAACCUGGCUCAAGAAGCUGUACCGAAACACAACCUGGGAAGGGAUAGUUAUGCAUAGCAGAGGAGGUCAUGGGUGGAAAAAUAAAACUAUAGAAAGUCAGGGAUUUCAGGCCUUGGGGUGUGACUCCAGCGCCGCUUUCCUGCUUAGGUCUUGACUGUAAGAGACCAGAGACGCUCCCAAGUGACAAGCUGCUACCAAACUGCAGGAAACAAUCCAGAUGGCUUUGGUCUGUGCUGCUGGUAGCAUUUCUUUGAAACUACUGAGGGGGCAAAGCUGCCCACUGACCUUGUAUUCCUCCCUGCUCAGGAGUUAUUCAAACUAGCUGCUUCUGCCUUUGGCUUGGGGUAGGACUUAUAGCUUUUGAAAGUUAGCUUCUGUUUUCUGCAAACGAGGAGAUAGAGGCAGGAUCGUGUUUGGCACUGAUCACAUUUUCAAAGGGCUGUUACUCAAAUGGGGAGGGAGAGGUGAUGGGGAAAAUUCAUAACUUACUCCCAAAUUCUCCCUCUGGUUAAACUUGAAAUAUUUUGUAAUAGGGCCUUCCGGGGGCUUUUUUCAUCUCCAAUGGCUUUUUGUAAUUGCCAGUUGAACAGUUAUGUAUGAAGUCUCUCACUCUGGCCACUGAGUUGUUAAAAUACAAGUAUGUAGAAUAAAUUCUGUUGUCCUGUGGAGAGCUCUUACACCUGCCUCGCCUGUUUUCUCACAAAGAACGGGGAUGUGAGACAACCCUGCUAAUGUAAUGCGGACUUUUCUGUGCCUCUCACCAUUGGAAGCGGCCCCCCUCCCACCAGUUGUCUCCCCCUCCCACAGGUGGGCAACUCUGGUUGUGAAAAAAGAGUGCCCACAAUUGACAUUUCCACUAAACAAUGGCUAGUAACAUGGUUCCUUUGCUUUGUCAAAGGCCUUAUCUUUUUAUUCAACAGGCGCCUAAGGAUCACUCUUUCCUCACCUUGUUCCAAGACUUCAAAGCCCAUGAGCCGUGGUGGUGCAGUGGUUAGAAUGCAGUGGUGCAGACUACUUCUGCUGACUGCCGGCUGCCUGCAGUUCAGCAGUUCGGUUCUCACCAGCUCAAGAUUGACUCAGCCUUCCAUCCUUUCGAGGUCGGUAAAAUGAGGACCCAGAUUGUUGGAGGCAAUAUGCUGACUCUGUAACCUGCUUAGAGAGGGCUGUAAAGCGUUGUGAAGGGUAUAUAAGUGCUAUUGCUAUUGCUUGUGAAAGACAUCCCUUACGUAUUCUACAGUGUAUGUUGGGUACCUAUGUUGGUGGUCUAGUUAGGGAUAUUGGGUGCUGUGUGAGUAGCCAAUUCUCAACAGUGACCAGUCUGUACUGGCCUCUAGAAGGGCUGUGUAUUUUAGGCAUGUCUGCACAAAGGCUCCUUUAGAUCUUAGCUAUCAAUGUUUACAUCAUUCUAAUCUCUUCUGAUGUGGCAGUCAGUGAAGAUGAGGUGCCUCACAGCACUUAGGACCCAACCCAUUGACCACCCUUCAGAUUGGCGGUGUAUGAAUCCUGCUGAUGAAAGAUGAGAAACACUACAUUUCUCCUUUGACAGCAUUGUGCAUUUUAAGCCCCAGGUGGGUUUGGAAAGCAAGAGGUGCAUAAACCUGUCAAGACCUUUCCUGGGAAAAAAAAAUAGGUAAGAUUUCCCUUGCAGAGUAUAUCACACUCUGAAGCCCAGUGGGAGCAUUUUAAAAUGCUGGGAAUUCAUGUUCCUAUUAGGCCUAGGCCAGUGUUUUUCCAAUUUGGACAAAUUUAAGAUGUGUACUUCAACUCCCAGAAUUCCCCAGCUAGCCAUGCUGGUAGGGAAUUCUGGGAGUUGAAGUGCACAAGUCUUAAAAGUCGCCACGCUUGAACCCUCUUGGCCUAGGUAGUGCAUCCUAUCUUGGGAUCUGGAUGAACACUGUCAGAGUUCCCAUAGAAAUAGAGAGGCAGCACAGCCAGCUAGUUAGCAAGAAGCAUGUUUUAUAGAUGUGACAGAUAAGUAAAUACGACAAAUACACGGGCAAAGCAGAAUAUUAAUAAUCCUGGCUUUGGUACUUUAAAAGAUGGUGGGGUGGAAUCCAUCUUUUUGCUCAGAUAUGCAUGUGUUUAUUUAGCAUUAGAGUAAAAGUGAUGGUUUCAGGAAAGGAAGAUUCUUGGGGUGAGCAGACGAUCUGUUUAACCAAAGGAAUGUAUUUGCACUACAAGCUUGUACCAGGAUUAAUACUGAUUAAUCCAUCAUUAUUAGAGAGCUCAGAUGCUCCUUAACCUCCAAGAAUGAAAGUUCCCUAGACACCAACAUGUUGGUUAAACUCCUCCCUCCCCCUUUCUGCUAUCAUUUUGAUGUUUGUUGCUCACCAACUAGAGCCUGCCCUUUGCUCUUCCUUCACAGGCAAGAUUUGAAAUGACUCCUAAGUAGUUUAGACUUAGAAAAACACGAUCUCUUUUCCCCCCAGGCCAACCCAGCCAUUUGGGGCUGCAAUUCUUCUCUGAUUGUAACACUACAGUAAUAAAACUGUAGACUUUGUAUACGUUUAACUGUAUAUCUGUUAAUACUGUUUUGUAUUUUUUUUAAUAAAGCAAAAUGUGACAUC